AUGAGGCGUCACGUUUAUAGUAUUUUAGUCACAGCUUUGUUCGCCUGGCUUGUAAAAUGCGAGUAUUUGGAGUCGGAGGUGACGGUACCUGUCAAACUUUCAUUAAGGAGCAGUAAGGAGAAACUUGUUUUCCAAAUAAAGGCUUUCGGUGAUGUUUUCACUCUUCACCUGACACCGGACGACAGCUUUAUGUCCCCGACGUUACACGUUCAGCGCAUCAAAGCGAAUCAACUCCAGUCAGUCCUGAACGGCUCUGGACACGAGCGCGUCCUCGAGGAUGUCCUGACCACGCUCGAGGGCGGACAGGAUCUCAGGGACUGUUUCCACACCGGUACCGUGAACAGUGAUGAGAAAUCGCUGGUCUCCAUCAGUCUCUGUCAAGGCAUCCAGGGAACGUUUGUGACUCGUGGUAACGAGUACUUCAUUCAGCCGGUCCGAGUGCGCACUGGAGGAGCAGGUGAGACUGUCUCUCAGGCGCACGUCGUCAAGAGGAGAGUUUUCACCAGAGGUACCAGCACUGAAGGAGAGACUGAGGAUGAGGAUGAGGAUGUCCUGAAGCAGGUCAUUGAUGAACCUACCAAACUUGAGGAAAGGGAACCGAGGCGGGAAAGAAGGUUCGUGUCAUCCGCGAGGUACAUCGAGACCUUGGUAGUGGCGGACACCUCCAUGACGCGUUUCUAUGGAGAUGACAUCAAGCAUUACCUACUGACUAUAAUGGGAAUGGCUGCACAGCUCUUUGCCCAUCCCAGCCUGAAGAAUGCUGUGAGCCUGGUGGUGGUGAAGAUGUUGAUGGUGGAGGAUGAGGAUGUGGGACCUGAAGUGUCCAAAAAUGGACAUGUGUUUCUACGAAAUUUCUGUGCCUGGCAACAGGACUUCAAUCCAUUGAGUUCACGCCACCCCGAGCAUUACGACACUGCCAUCCUGUUCACCAGAGAGGACAUUUGUGGACAUAAGCAUUGUGACACCCUUGGUGUAGCUGAUGUAGGAACCAUGUGUGACCCCAAAAGAAGCUGUUCAGUCAUAGAGGACAACGGCCUCCAGGCAGCCUUCACUGUGUCACAUGAGCUUGGCCACAUACUUAGCAUGCCACAUGACGAUUCCAUCAACUGUGAGAAGUUGUUCGGGCAAAUCGAUGAACACCAUCUAAUGGCUCCUCUCUUUGUCCAUCUCAACAAGACGCUUCCCUGGUCUCCAUGCAGCGCCAUGUACAUCACAGAGUUCUUCGACAGUGGGCAUGGUGACUGUCUGAUGGACAUGCCGGAACAGACUAUUCCUUUGCAGAAUGAGCUUCCAGGCCACACAUUUGGCCUGGACCGCCAGUGUCAGCAGGCAUUUGGAGAGGAAUAUGUCCACUGCUCAGAUGCCCCAAUAGACCAAACAUGCACUCAGCUAUGGUGCCGUGAAGAUGGCACGCUGCAGUGUACCACUCGUAAUGGGAGCCUGCACUGGGCAGACGGCACACCCUGCGGUGAGGACAUAAGCUGCCGUAACGGUGUGUGUGUGUUAAACACACUGGCGGAGAUGGAAGAGGAGCAGUUACCAGUAAAUGGUGGCUGGGGUGCAUGGAGCCCCUGGGGUGUAUGCUCUAGAACCUGCGGUGGUGGUGUCGAGUUCUCUUAUCGGGAAUGCACAGAUCCGGUGCCACAAAAUGGAGGAUCUUACUGCUUGGGCCAGAGGGUCAAAUACCAGUCCUGCAACAUUCAGACAUGUCCGGGAAAUGACGGUGAGAGCUUUAGAGAGAAACAAUGUGAAAAAUACAAUAGUGACCGCUACUUGGAUGUACACGGGAACAUAAAGCAAUGGAUUCCAAAGUAUGCUGGUGUUUCACCCAGGGAUCGGUGCAAGCUUUUCUGCAGAGCAAAGAACAGCAAUGAAUUUAAAGUCUUUGAAGCCAAGGUUGUGGAUGGUACAACAUGUGGUCCAGAUACCACAUCCAUCUGUGUCCAGGGCCAGUGCAUAAAGGCUGGAUGUGACCAAAUCAUAGGUUCCAAUGUUAGGCUGGACAAAUGUGGUGUCUGUGGUGGAGAUGGGACAAGCUGCAAAAAAAUUUGUGGCUCUCUGAACAAAGCUUACUUUGGCUACAAUGACAUUGUUACCAUUCCUGCUGGGGCCACCAACAUUGACAUCAAGCAGCGAAGCCAUCGUGGCAUCAAACAUGAUGGCAACUACUUGGCAGUAAAAGCAGAGGAUGAAACCUACAUCCUAAAUGGGAACUUUUCAGUAUCCACAGCUGAACAGGACAUUCCAGUACGAGGUGCUGUCCUUCGAUACAGUGGCUCAUCCACCACCCUGGAGCGACUAAUCAGCUUUCAAGUGCUUCAACAAAGUAUCACAAUCCAGCUCUUGUCCACAGCUGGUGAAGCCUCACCACCCAGGAUCAAAUACACAUUCUACUUGCCCAGAGAUAUGCCAUUCAGCAAGCCAAGGGCAGAGAACAGCAUCUCCCCACAUUUAACCUUGACAUUUGGAGGAGCUGAAUGGGUCUUAGGCAAGUGGUCAGAGUGCUCCAAAAGCUGUGGUGCUGGCUGGUCCAGGAGAAGUGUUGAGUGUCAGGAUAGGUCAGGAGCCCCGUCUUACUCCUGUGACAUUGACCUGCGGCCAGCUGAUAUUCAGCCAUGUGGUGACCUGCCCUGCCCUGUCUGGCAGAUGGGUCCAUGGUCAGCCUGCUCUCGGACUUGUGGUCCAGGAGAGCGCCGGCGCAGUGUGCUGUGCAUGGACUACACCGGCAAGGCUGUGGAGCCAGAGAAGUGCAAUCCAGAUAGGCAGCCAGUGUCUGUUUCCACAGAAUGCUUUUAUCAGGACUGUUAAAACUGAGCUUUUUCCACACAUCAAAGAACAGGGUGAAGUGGUGACAAGGUUUGCCACUUAUAUGGUAGGUAGUGGAUAGGAGAGCUAUAUUUCAAUAGCAAACCAAAAAUUCUUUAGAAACAAGCAAACAAAAUCCAACUUAAAACAUUUAAUCAGCCUAAUCAGGACAUUAUGUAUAAGGUUUGAGCUAUGAGAUUAUUAAUCAGUGUUUCUCAUAUUCUUCUAUAUUGCCUUAAAAUCAUGUAAUCACUAUUGAGGAUGUUUUCCUGCCCCACUAAUAUCUACCUCAAAACAUAAUACAUUGUAAUGGUUUAGAGGAGGAUUCUGUUUUGAAGUGUUACUGCCUUUGCACAAACCUGAAAUUUGAUUCCCAAUUUAACUGGCCAAAUACCUCCAUUUGCAGUGCAUAAAGGUCACAACAGACAGAGAGUGUAACAAAAUAUUAGUCAAAAUUGAAAACCUACCUUAGUUGUGCAAACAUUAGCCUUAAAAGUAGGUGUGUUAGUCUCUGUUGACUGAAUUUUAUUGCCUUUUUGAAGCUAAUUCUUCAUACAGACUAAUAUGUUUAAUGUCACAUGAUUAAUUUAUUUGCUAGUUUGCUGGUUAGUAUACUAGGGAAUUUUUCAGAUUACAUAUUUCAACACUGGAUUUUUAGUCACACAGGAAUGUGUGACAACAUACGCAGACAUCACCUAAACCAAUGUGAGAGCUAUUGGAUAAAGUGAGGGCAUUCAACUUCAUGUUAUCAGCUAUUAAAAUUUGUCUGCUUAUGAUAAUCAAGCUGUUUUCUGUUAUGAAGCAUUGCAGUGGAUGUUAGACACUGCUUUAAGGCAUAGCUAAGCAAUUAUAGUAUUUUUGAAUAUCAGUGUCUAAAUGUUAUUCUGAAGAACAC